GCCCAUUAAUACCUUCAAUAUCGUUUGUGUCUCUCUUUCAUUUGAUUUCAUCUACAACAAGUAAUGGCUUUCAGGGCUGCGAAAAAUUGGCAAUUGACGCUGACUCAGUUGGGAGGAGCUGGAAGGCGAUCAUUUGCGACCUCCACCAUUCCAAAAUUGAAGCCCAUGUCCCCAGUCAUAGAUGCUGCUCAUCACGAUGCUCAUUCCACCUCUAGGAUGAGCACUCUUAAGGCAGAGCUUGCACCAGUGUAUAUUGUGUGCGGAAUGGUAGGUGUAGCUUUGGCAAUUGGAACACACACUGCAUUUCAACAACUGACGCGCUCUCCAACCGUUCAUGUCAACAAGAAAAGAAGAGAAUCCAUGCCAGAGGUGUAUGAUCCCGAUCGCACCAUCAACUCCGCCAACAAAUUCAUCAAUGGCUCCUUCUUCAGGAAAGUCUCUCAUAUUCAAGAAAACAAAGCCACACUCCACGACCCUGUCCAUCCUAAUCCUUUUACCCGUCCUCGAACCGCUGAGACAUUGAAGACGGUAGGCAUUGAGCCCGGUAGGCGUUGAUCUGCUGACUCUGUGUUUUUUCCUUAAUCAAAAGUGGUGGCCGAUUGAGUCGUAUAUAUUGUGGUCGCUCCCAUCUUCAAUUUUCAUAUUUGAAAAUGUAAGAUGAGAAGGUGUUGAGUUUGUGAAUAUUAAUGUGCUUUUUGUUUUAGUAAUUUGUCGUUUGUGUCAUUCGAUGGCUACGCUUGUAAAUAAGGUCACGUUUGUUAUUUGUCCUGUCCGCCUUCACUCUUUUAGAGUGGAACAAUGGUGCGGCUUUCGUUCUCUUUAUAAUUAAUAACUUAUGAAAUAAAGCCACCACGGCAUUUGUAAUUAAGUUUAA